GCCCGUUCCCUUGGCAGCAGCGCAGCAUGGCGGAUGUACUGAAUGUCGGGGUAAACCUGGAGGCUUUCUCCCAGGCCAUUCACGCUAUUCAGGCGCUACGCUCCAGUGUCACCCGUGUGUUUGAUGGCCUAAAGGAUGGCAUGCGGCACCGGGAGAGCCAGGAGGCUCGGGAGCGGGCAUUCCUUAGUGACUUCCAGGACAAUCUUCACGCUGUCACCCGAGACCUCAAUGAGUUGGAGCGUCUCAGUAAUCUAGUGGGUAAACCAUCUGAGAACCAUCCUCUGCAUAACAGUGGCCUGCUCAGUCUGGAUCCAGUUCAUGACAAGACCCCUCUUUACAGCCAGCUCCUUCAGGCAUAUAAAUGGUCAAACAAGUUGCAGUACCAUGCAGGGCUUGCGUCUGGCCUCCUGAACCAGCAGUCAUUAAAACGUUCUGCUAAUCAGAUGGGCGUCUCUGCUAAACGAAGGCCCAAAGCCCAGCCCACUACGCUUGUUCUCCCUCCACAGUAUAUUGAUGAUGUGAUCAGCCGCAUUGAUAGAAUGUUCCCUGAAAUGACAAUCAACUUAUCAAGACCCAAUGGCACCUCCGCCAUGUUGCUGGUGACACUCGGCAAGGUGCUGAAAGUUAUAGUGGUGAUGCGAAGCCUCUUCAUUGACCGGACCAUAGUGAAAGGCUACAACGAGAAUGUUUAUACAGAGGAUGGCAAGCUUGACAUAUGGUCGAAAUCCAAUUACCAAGUUUUCCAAAAGGUGACCGAUCACGCAACUACUGCCUUACUACAUUACCAGCUGCCACAGAUGCCAGACGUGGUUGUUAGAUCCUUCAUGACCUGGUUAAGAAGCUACAUCAAGCUGUUCCAGGCUCCUUGCCAACGCUGCGGGAAGUUUCUGCAGGAUGGGCUGCCACCCACAUGGAGGGAUUUCCGAACCCUAGAAGCUUUCCACGAUACGUGCAGGCAGUAGCGUGCAAGGACGAUCCUCUAAUGUCAUGGGACAAUUAUGGGUUACUCCUCUCCUCAAGUCCUAUUUUUUUCCCCUAUAAUAUUUUAUAGCAGAUGAUGAAUAUUCUUUUUUUUGUAUACAACUUUCCUUAACCUAGAAACAAGUUAUGGCCCCUGACUGGAAUUAAGUUUUUAUUUGGAACCCUGCAGAGCAACGAUCUUUGAACCUUGACCUGGAAGAUUUUUCCUUGAUGGACAUUUUUUUAUUUCUUCAGACCUGUUUCCUCUUGUACCUGAGGGAUCUCAAUGACAUUUCAAAGAUACUUGUAGGUGGGAGUCUGUUCUUUUAUAUUAGUUUCUUAUUGAACUCAAAGGUUUCCUAUAAAAUAGUGACAUGCUGAAUUUGUUAUUUUUGUAAGACGUUUCUAUUGCAUUAAAACAAGCGCACGCAGGAAA